AUGGAGACGUCCAACUCGAUACCCCCCCAGGACUGGAGCCCCCCAGUUUCCUCAGGGGACUGGAGUCCCCCUAUAGACCCUGAGGACUGCCAGAGGAUGCUGGAGUCCGGGGUCCCUCCAGACCAGAUGCCCUGGUUCUGCGCCUGCUCACAAUGCAGCGUUCCGGGUCCAAAAGGAGAGCGAGGGGACCGAGGACUGCCAGGCAGCCCCGGCAGUUCUGGACGGAGAGGGUUGACCGGGUUCAGAGGACCGCCGGGGUUUGUGGGCAGACCUGGAAUCAAAGGACAGAAAGGAGACUCUGGAGAAAAGGGACAUCGGGGUCUUCAGGGAUCAGUUGGACCCAAAGGAGCAGGAGGAUUCAAAGGUGAGAAAGGUGAGCAGGGCUUCGAGGGCCGUCCAGGAGACCCGGGUCCCAGAGGAGAGGACGGCACCUGUCCAGAGAACUGUGAGUCUCUGAUGGGACCCCCGGGACCACCUGGUAUUCCAGGCCCCGUCGGACAAAGAGGCCUGCAUGGUGAUCAGGGUCUGCCAGGCCCCCGAGGACUGAAGGGGGACACGGGAGUCAUGGGUAGUCCUGGUGUCCCAGGAGCCUCGGGUCAGAAAGGAGAGCCGGGUUCCCAGGGGGACUGCAACUGUACUGAGGGAGCAGGAGGGGCCCCGGGGCCCAAAGGUGCCAAGGGGGACAGGGGGACCCAAGGAGACCCGGGUCCUCUGGGACAGACAGGCCCCAAGGGGGACAAAGGAGACAUGGGUAUGAUGGGUAUGAUGGGUCCUCCGGGGCCCUGCAUGCCCGGGGUCCAGUCCGCCUUCUCGGCGGCGCUGACCAGCAGCUACCCGCCGCCCGGCGCCCCCGUCGCCUUCGGCCGCGUCCUCCACAACGUCCUGUGGGGCUACGACCCGGAGACCGGCCUCUACACGGCCCCCGUCAACGGGACCUACGUCUUCAGCUACCACCUGACGGUCUACUCCAAGGUCCUGGUGGCGGGCCUGUUCCAGAACCACCGGCCGGUGGUCAUCACCACGGACCCCGCGGCGCUGGGGACCACGUCCCACUCCGUGGUCCUCCACCUGGUCAGGGGGGACCGGGUCUGGAUCCAGGUCAAGGACGCCAACACUAACGGCAUGUUUGCAGGACCGGAGACCAGCAGCACCUUCUCCGGCUUCCUGCUCCACCCGGACUCCUGCGACUCGGGGUCCCUCCGCGGACCCAUGCCCCCCGUGGAGGAGCCCGAGGACGGGUACAGCUGGCCCCAGACCAGCACCCAGGAGUCCCUGCUAGACCCCACAACAGCCCCGUAG